GCCGGGCGUGGGGGCCUGUGGGAGGUGGUGCGGCCAGGCCCAGCUGCAGGGCGGAGGCGGAGGAGAGGCCUGCGGCGGCAGGAGCGGCCGGGCCGGGAGCGGGCGCCGGAUCCGAGCCGAGCCGGAGCGGGCGGCCAAGGCCGGCGCGGCGAGCAACAACCAUGUCGGUGUUUGGGAAGCUGUUCGGGGCUGGCGGGGGAAAGGCCGGCAAGGGCGGCCCGACCCCCCAGGAGGCCAUCCAGCGGCUGCGGGACACUGAGGAGAUGCUAAGUAAGAAGCAGGAGUUCCUGGAGAAGAAAAUCGAACAGGAGCUGACGGCCGCCAAGAAGCACGGCACCAAAAACAAGCGCGCCGCCCUCCAGGCGCUGAAGCGCAAGAAGAGGUAUGAGAAGCAGCUGGCGCAGAUCGAUGGCACGCUGUCCACCAUCGAGUUCCAGCGGGAGGCCCUGGAGAACGCCAACACCAACACUGAGGUGCUCAAGAACAUGGGCUACGCCGCCAAGGCCAUGAAGGCUGCCCACGACAACAUGGACAUCGAUAAAGUCGAUGAGUUGAUGCAGGACAUUGCUGACCAGCAGGAACUUGCAGAGGAGAUUUCCACAGCUAUCUCUAAACCUGUAGGCUUUGGAGAAGAGUUUGACGAGGAUGAACUCAUGGCUGAAUUAGAAGAACUAGAACAGGAGGAGCUAGACAAGAAUUUGCUGGAAAUCAGUGGACCCGAAACAGUCCCUCUACCAAAUGUUCCUUCUAUAGCCCUACCAUCAAAACCCACCAAGAAGAAGGAAGAGGAGGACGACGACAUGAAGGAAUUGGAAAACUGGGCCGGAUCCAUGUAACUGGGCCAGCGCAGCUGGGCCCAGACAGACUGAUGGCCUGCACAGCGGGCAGGCGUGUGCGUGUGGGGGCAGGCACGGCGUGGUGCAGGCAAGCUCCACCAUUCUUGAAUCUUACUCCAAAGCAGUAGGGCUGCAUCGCUGCUCACUCUCACAUCGCAUGGCCUGCACCCCAUGGGACGGGCAAGGGAGGGGGGCGGGCGGGUGGGAGGUGCCUGCUGUUUAUAAUGUUCAAUUUCUGUAAAAUAAACUGUAUUUGCAAAUCCAACAUUGAGCUUCUGGACUACGCUAACUCCACUGCUGACUCCUGCACAGAAAGGGUCGUGGGUUUGCAGUUGAAAUGAGCUGUAAAUGUAGCCUCUGUCCUCCGAAGUCAGGUGAGACAUCGCACCUCUCUUUGUAGGUACUGGCAGAAGAGUCGUUUUUUAAAAGCCGCAGGCUUGUCUUUGUCCUUCACUGUGCUGACACAUCUGACUCAAGAGCUGUAUCUCGUCUGUCCCCUGUGUACUGGGAACUGCGUACUGUCCCUACCCCUGUGUUUACCGCUCUGGCCCACUCCUUGCUCCCUCACCCCUGGUCUUUCAAAGUUUGUGACACUUGGUUUGAAAUGGAUGGUGUCGUCUGUCUCGAGAGCAAGUGAGAUUGUUUGCAUUCAAUUCCAGCUCUGCAGUUUUCUAACCUAGCUCUAUGUUCCGCGUUGCUGUUUGUGAUAACUGAUAGAUAACUCAUUGGAAACAUGUGCAUACAUUUAUAUUCAGAUGAAAUUAUGGUUUGCACUGUCUAUUAAAUAUCUUAAUUAAUUUUCA